GCUCCUGACGCCACCAGCGAGCACGUCGACGGGAAGGUGCUCACGACCUCGGAUGCUUGCUUCUUCUCAUAUUUUUAUGUUCACGCCCCUCCAAAUUCUCUGCGAAGCUGCACCCAUUCGGCCGCUGUCACCCUGAUCUGCUGGAGAACUGCCGUCUAUCCAUUCGGACCCCUGCCGGACGCCCGCCAUUGCCAGCCAGGACUGCCCCGCUACCGCCUCGGUUGCCUUUGUCUAUACACCGCAACGCGCCUGACCCGCCAGCACCUUCCUUGCCCUGUCGCCGUGUAUAAAGGUGCUUCACGUGCUCCGUCGAAGCACCUCAAGGCUCUGCAUUUGCUUCUUGACAAACGUGCCUCGCUCCGCGUCGUUGUCAACCGACCCCGCCUUGUUCACGAUCGAGCUUCACCCAAGCUUCGCUCCACCUUCCACACCACCACCACCACACGCCGAGAUGGCCUCCACAUCAGCUGCCGCAGGGCUGCUUUCUCGCCAGCUCAAGCAAAUGCAGAACGACAAGAGCAUAUCAGGCAUCAGCUGUGGGCUGGUGGACAGCAACGUCUUCGAGUGGGAGGUCAUGCUGAUGAUUGAUGAUGACACAAAGUACUAUGGAGGUGGCUUCUUCCGCGCACGACUGAACUUCCCGACCGAAUACCCACUGCUACCGCCUAAGAUGCGCUUCGAGACGCCAAUCUUCCACCCAAACAUCUACCAGAACGGCGAAGUCUGCAUCUCAAUCCUGCAUCCUCCCGAAGAAGACAAGUACGGCUACGAGUCAGCCGCAGAGCGCUGGUCACCCGUUCAGACACCCGAGACGAUUCUCCUCUCCGUCAUCUCCAUGCUUUCGAGCCCCAACGACGAGUCCCCAGCGAACGUCGAGGCCGCCGCACUAUGGCGAGAGAACACACCCGAGUUCAAGAAGCGCGUGCGAAAGUGUGUGCGAGACAGCUUGGAGUUCGAGUAGUUUGGAUGCUUAAGAGAUCUCUAGUGAGAUUUGGAUUACACGUCUAGGGGCGCACAACUGAUACGGGAACAAACAUGGCAUGUUCAGGUUACUUGAUCGUUACGGCGUGCAUGGUGGGAUCUUUCGGCAUGGUUUGCUAGCGUACAAUGCAUUCACGAUACCUCUCCACCCCUUACUGACAGUGACAAAAGCCCCCCUCGCUCUCCUCAACGCCAAUCCCAACUUCACACACCCAAUAUCAAGUCGACAUAUCCCUAACUCCUGACCAAACCUAACAAACCAUCCAUCCCCCAACAUUCACAUCCC